AUGGCCUACGAUCAUCGCCGUCCCAGUCUUACUGGCUCCACUCACUCGCGCGAUUCAAUAAGCGAGCUGGGUGACUAUCAACCGGAUGGUGAAAGGAGGAUGACAAACCUAUUCGACUCCGUCACGUCAGGAAACGUUGGUCAGCACGCAGGCGACAAGACUAUCAAAGCCGCUGGUCCUUCUCUGCCCUCCGUAUCCACCCAGAAAGGCAAAGAACGUGCGGCAACGGAACCCCUUGGAUCGACAAGCCAGCAGCAUCCACAACACCAUCCUCCCCCUUCUAAACCACACCACCCUCCCCCCUCUCUUCCGACCCAUGUUCCCAAGAACCCGCCACCCCACAUGCCAGCAGUCCCACCAGUCAACGAGACUGCCGACGAAAGAGAUUUUCGAUUGGCCGAAUUCCGAUUGAAACAAAACAAAAUAGUUUCCUCGACAGUUGCAUCCAUCAUCACAGCUUUCAAGAAGGAAUGUGUUCUGCAACCGGAUGGUUCGAACUUCAGUCAAUGGAUGCGAGGCUUGAAAGAAGUCUCUCGUACAAGCCUGUCGGGGGCAAAUUUUUUCUUCGAACCAUGUGACAACAGGACUUUUGAAAGGAUCAGAAGAGCGGUAAUGAUAUCGAGCGUCCACAAUUCUCUCGUCCCUGAUCUUCAUCCAAUCGAUACCGCUUACAACAUGUAUGUUUCACUCAAGAAAAAAUUCAAGACAGUCUCCCGGGCGGCGCAAAUGAAUAUCUGGCGCCGUUUCAUGGCUUUCAAAGUGGAUCCCUCGACACCGAGCGCAGGCGUUGCGGCCACUCUCCUCGAUCUGUACUCAGAAUGGCGCUCUGUCAACAUCAGCUGCAGGAGCGACUCGUUCUUAGGUUUCAUUCUGCAGGCGGCGGUGGUCCACUCCGGUGCCCCUUUCAGAGCUGAGUUCGAAAACAGGAUCGAGGACUUGGUGCAGCGCGAUGAGAACGGUACUUGCCCUAGUUUCGCCUCCAUUUGCAACACUUACGACAUCAGCCGCCAACAACAUCUUCAAGCCUCUGAUCAACUGCAAGAACCCGCUAACCCGCCCCAAACGCCAAACAUUUUUCACACCUCAGUCCAUUCUCAAGAAGAUUUCGACGCCUCAAUCUUCCUCACCGACGUCACUGAAGAGGACUGGUGCGACGCUUUGGAUUUCUUCGCACUCACCGCUGCAAAGUGCUGGGGCUGUGGAGGUGAAAACCAUUACCAGCGAGAUUGUCCACACAAGGGGCGAACUCCACUGGCGAGCCAAUCCCGUGGGCAGGCUAUCAAUCAACGUACCGACAACUCAGUCACUCCAAAGCCGGGGGGGGGGGUUAUGGCGCAAGUCGUGGAAAUCGGCGCUCUGCCAGAUGAUCUGGACGAUCUGGACUUUCGCACCAUGUCGUUGGGCAAAGAUAUUCUACCUGCGGUGGAGGGGCCAAAAUCACCGGCAUCGGGGACCUAA